AUGUCCACACCAAUCGAAUUUAAAUCGUCUAAAUCUGUUACCAAAGACGACCAUUUAUACACCAAAUUCACUUACGAAAACUCUGUUGUUGAAAAAGAUGCUAAUGGUAAAUUUGUUGUUACACCUGCAGCAAGCGACUAUGAAUUUAAAGUUGAUUUAAAAGUCCCAAAGGUUGGUUUAUUGUUGGUUGGUAUUGGUGGUAAUAAUGGUACAACAUUGUUAGGUGCUACAUUGGCAAACAAACACAACAUUUCUUUUGAAAAUAAAGAAGGUGUUGUAAAACCAAAUUAUUACGGUUCUGUCACCCAAGCAUCUACAGUCAAAAUUGGUGUUGACAAAGAAACUGGCGAAGAUGUUUAUGUUCCAUUCAACUCCAUUAUCCCAAUGGUUAACCCAAAUGACUUGGUUAUCGAUGGUUGGGAUAUCAGCGGAUUGCCAUUGGACCAAGCAAUGAAGAGAGCUAAGGUCUUGGAUGUCACUUUGCAAAAGCAAUUGUAUCCAUACUUGGAAAACAAAAAACCUUUGGAAUCAAUCUAUUACCCUGACUUUAUUGCGUUGAACCAAAGCGAACGUGCCAACAAUGUUUUCAAUCAAGCCAAUGGUGAAGUCAAAACCGAUAACAAAUGGGCCGAUGUUGAAAAAAUCAGAAAAGAUAUUAGAGAUUUCAAAGCCAAAAAUGAGUUAGAUAAAGUUAUUGUUUUAUGGACUGCUAAUACCGAAAGAUAUGCUGAUGUCUUGCCAAAUGUCAAUGAUACUGCUGACAACUUGAUCAAGAGCAUUAAGGAAUCACACGAAGAGAUUGCUCCAAGUACCGUCUUUGCUGUUGCCUCUAUUUUGGAAAAAGUUCCAUAUAUUAAUGGUUCACCACAAAACACAUUUGUUCCUGGUGUUAUUGAAUUGGCUGAAAAAUACGACUCAUUCAUCGGUGGUGAUGAUUUCAAGUCGGGUCAAACAAAAAUCAAAUCUGUGUUGGCACAAUUUUUGGUCGAUGCCGGUAUCAAACCACUUUCAAUUGCUUCUUAUAAUCAUUUGGGUAACAAUGAUGGAUACAACUUAUCGUCACCUAAACAAUUCAGAUCCAAGGAAAUCUCCAAGCAGUCCGUUGUUGAUGACAUUAUUGAAUCAAAUGAACUCUUGUACAACAAGGAGUCUGGUGACAAAGUUGACCACUGUAUUGUUAUUAAAUACUUGCCAGCUGUCGGCGACUCCAAAGUUGCCAUGGAUGAAUAUUACUCAGAAUUAAUGUUGGGUGGUCACAACAAAAUAAGUAUUCACAAUGUUUGUGAAGAUUCAUUGCUUGCUACACCAUUGAUUAUUGACUUGGUGGUGGCUACUGAAUUUGCAACCAGAGUUCAAGUCAAGGGUCCAGGUAAAUCAGAUUACGACGAAUUGUAUCCUGUUGCUAGUUUAUUGUCUUACUGGCUCAAGGCUCCAUUAGCAAGACCAGGAUUCAAGCCUAUCAAUGGGUUAAACAAACAACGUCAACAAUUAGUCAACUUGCUUUCAGUAUUGGUUGGCUUGCCAAUUGAUAACGAAUUAAGGUUUGAAAGAAUCCUUAAAUAA